AAAAAAAAAAAAAAAAAAAGUCUUUCUAAUCGAUAGCAGAGUGAUUCAACGCCACCUCCCAUUAGAAUAGCUCCUGCCAUGGCAGAGAAAUUAAACACACAGAAAAGUGUCAAAAUCGCUGCUGGGGCUGUAGUCUGUGUUGAAAGCGAGAUCAGAGGAGAUGUUACUAUUGGCCCUAGAACAGUGGUUCACCCAAAAGCUCGGAUUAUUGCAGAGGCAGGGCCUAUUGUGAUUGGAGAAGGCAACCUGAUCGAAGAACAAGCUCUGAUCCAUAACAGUUAUCCAGAAAACAUCACACCAGACUCUGAAGUGGAGCCAAAGACCAUGACCAUUGGUACAAACAAUGUGUUUGAAGUGGGCUGCGUAUCACAAGCUUUAAAAAUUGGUGAUAACAAUGUAAUCGAAUCUAAAGCCGACGUUGGCAGGAACGUGAUCCUCACCAGUGGCUGUAUCAUUGGAGCCUUCUGUCAGGUCAACACCUGUGAGGUCAUACCUGAGAACACAGUCAUCUUUGGCUCCGGAUGUAUGAGGAGGGUUCAGACUGAGAGACCACAGCCCCAGACCCUCCAGCUCGACUUCCUGAUGAAGAUUUUGCCGAAUUACCACCAUUUGAAGAAAACCAUCAAACCAAGCCACACUACCAGUUAAAUAUAUCGGUACACUAAUUUAAAUCAAUUUGUUGGAAGAUAAAUAAAAUGUACAGUUAUUAAACCCAUUGACGAUUAGCAUCCUUUGAUAUUUUCGAUUUCAAACGUUUCUUCUUGUAAACUUGCUAGAUUUGAGCUUUUUCUCUGACAUUUUUUCUCCCCCACCAGCUUUGAAUGAUGUACUCUAUGUAUUGA